GCAGUAGUAGUGUACUUGAUUAGAGACUCUCCUCCACUUUAGAAAGUGUAGUCAGGAUUUGCGCAUUUUGGGGUGGGGUUGCGGCCUCCCGCCACCCCCCUUUGCUCCAGAUCCGCUCUCUCCUCCUCCCUGAUUUCAAAACCCACCCGCACCUCCUCCACUGGCUGACGAGACCUAGAACCAUGAAACGGGAGUUGGAUCUCUCACGUCCUUGUGCUUAAGUUCACUCCUAUUAAAAUUAUUGAACGGCUCGGAUCAUCCGAGCACCUACACAUAUCCGAUCGAGCUGAUUUUUUACGUUGCCCAUCGGAUCAUCCGUAUGGAGUCCGGAGUGGACCCUACACGAACCACCACAUUUUUGGUGCGGUAGCUAUAGCGCUGCUCAUUUGGUUUGGAGAGGUAUAGAAAAUAACAAAUUCAAGUCAUGUGCACAUUGCAUUUAGAGUGACUCAAAUGUUACAAAUAAGACAGUUGCAAUAGAAACGGAUGUUGGUUGCAAAACACCAUUCUAGUACUCUACUGCACUAAAUUUACCACGGGCCCAUUGGUCGAGUGACACAUUAACGCAAAUUAUACACAAAACCUUACUCGACAGAGCCCUUCCACCGAAGGAGUUAACGGUACCAGCUUCGAUCCUCCCACCGUAGACCACGGAUCCACCUAAGCCACCGCCUUAGCCACCGGUUCCGACGCCGUCAAUGUCCAUGGCGUCCGCCGGCGUCUCCACCUACCGCGACCGGACGUCGGAGUUCCGAUCCCUAUCGGAGACCUUGAAGAAGAUAGGCGGAGCCAACGAGUCGGGCGAGUCGCACAACGGCCCGUCGCCGCCGAAACUCCCGGCGUCGUCGUACAGAUCGGAGUUCAACAAGAAGGCCUCGCGGAUCGGGUUGGGCAUCCACGAGACGUCUCUCAAGAUCGCCAGGCUUGCGAAACUGGCCAAAAGGUCAUCAAUAUUCGAUGAUCCACUCAAGGAAAUUCAAGAACUAACUGCCUUGGUAAAAGAUGACAUCACUUCACUUAACAUGGCAAUCUCGGAUUUGCAAACCCUUCAGAACUUGGAGAGAGCUGAUGGGAAUUAUUCAGAUGAUAGAGUUGUCCACUCCACAACAGUUUGUGAUGAUCUGAAGAAUAAACUUAUGGGGACUACAAAACAGUUUCAGGAUGUGUUAACUACCAGAACUGAGAAUAUCAAAGCUCAUGAGAAUAGGAAACAGAUGUUCUCCACAAAUAUAGCGAGAGAGAACCCUUUGAGGCAGCCUGCGAAGACCGUUACUGAACCACCUCCUUGGUCAACUCCAUCUGGUUCAUCGGGGAGUUCACAACAGUCAAUAUUACCGGCAGAUGGAGUUCAAGCUGGCAACCAAUUGAGGCGGAGGUUAGCUGCAGACAACACUCCAACACACCAUAUGGAAAUGUCGAUGUUGCAGCAGGUGGUUCCAAGGCAGGAGAGUUACUCACAAAGCCGGGCAGUUGCUCUCCAAAAUGUUGAAUCAACAAUUUCAGAGCUUGGUGGGAUAUUCACUCAUUUGGCUACAAUGGUUGCUCAUCAAGGGGAAUUGGCUAUCAGGAUCGAUGAUAACAUGGAAGAGUCGUUGGCAAAUGUUGAAGGUGCUCGCAGUUCUCUGUUGAGGCAUUUAAACCAAAUAUCAUCAAACAGGUGGCUCAUGAUUAAGAUAUUCGCCAUUUUGAUCUUUUUCUUGAUGGUAUUCAUCUUCUUUGUGGUUUGAUCCUUACCCAAUGAGAAUGUUUGUAUAGAUGAUUCAUCUUCUAUUCAAAGUCAUACCAUCAAAGGUCUCACAGCUUCAUUGUAACCUUAGAAAGUUAGAAAGUGUAUUUGUCAAGUAUAGGUUGCUCAUUGUGAAACUUGCCGAGUAUGUAGCCCUUGUUUUGUGCAUAUGCUUUUGGCUUACCAUUGUUAUUAUAUUGUUUAUUCUUUUUGAAGCUUUUUGCCUUUGUUUGGACACACGUUUAGAGCCAGUGUUGUGGGUUUUGCUAUUUUAAUUGAUGAUAUUCAAUCA